UUACUUCAUCCAUCAUAUGGGUGUUAUAUAUGGCCGUCAGCAUUUGUUUUGGCAGAAUAUAUUUGGGAGAAUCGAGAUAUGUUUAAAGAUAAAACAAUUUUAGAACUAGGAGCAGGAACUUCAUUACCAGGAUUUUUAUGCGCUUCACUAUCACCUCAAACACAUGUUAUAUUAACUGAUCGGUCUGAUUGUCCGCAGAUCCUCGAAAACAUUCAUGAUGGUGCGCGGUUGAAUAGGUUGUUGAUAACGUCCGAUAAUACUUCUACUGGAUCAUUACGAUCAAAUAUUUGGAUAAGAGGAUUAACUUGGGGAGAAUUUUGUUUUGGUAACCAAGAAAAAGAUAAUAAUGAAAAAGGAAAUUUAUUACAAUUGUUACGUGAUAUUGAUCAAAAUGGCAGGAAGUUGGAUUGGAUUUUGGGUAGUGAUACAUUUUAUGAUCCCAAAGACUUUGAGGAUAUAAUCGCAACCAUUGCAUAUAUACUAAAUUACCACACACAAAAAGCAAAGUUUCUAACUUCAUAUCAAGAACGAAGUUCAAAGCGAACUAUUCAAUAUUUACUAGAUAAAUGGAAACUUAAAUGUCGACAAAUAUCUCUUAAGUCAUUUAAUUUUGAUUAUGACAAAUAUACUAGCAGUAAUAACAGUGAGUUGAUAAAUAAUACAUCAGAUGCAGCUUGUAGAAAAGAAAUGAUACACUCAUCUUCACUGCAAAGCAUUUUCUUGCUUGAAAUUUGGAAAGCUUAA